GGGCGGGGCCGCGGGGCGGGGCCGGGCGCGCGCUCGGGGCGGCGGGGGGCGGUAGGGGUGCGCGCCCGCCCUGGUGGACGCCGCCGCGGCCGCCAUGCAGCUGACGGUGAAGGCGCUCCAGGGCCGCGAGUGCAGCCUGCAGGUGCGGGAAGACGAAUUGGUGUCCACGCUGAAGCAGCUGGUCUCUGAGAAGCUGAACGUCCCCGUGCGCCAGCAGCGGCUGCUGUUCAAGGGCAAGGCCCUGGCAGAUGGGAAACGACUGUCAGAUUAUAGCAUCGGGCCCAAUUCCAAGCUCAACCUAGUGGUCAAACCUCUGGAGAAGGUGUUACUGGAAGAAGGCACUGCCCGGAGACUGGCCGACUCCCCACCCCCGCAUGUCUGGCAGCUGAUCUCUAAAGUCUUGGCCCGCCACUUCAGUGCAGCAGAUGCCAGCAGGGUCCUGGAACAACUGCAGAGGGAUUACGAGAGGUCCCUGAGCCGCCUGACGCUGGAUGACAUCGAACGCUUGGCCAGCCGCUUUCUGCACCCCGAAGUGACUGAGGCUAUGGAGAAGGGGUUCUCCAAAUAGCAUUCUUGGAGUAUAGGGAGGAGCCCAAGGCCAGGCCGCAGCUGCAUGUUGCUGUAAUGUGUUCUCAUGUUGCAGUUUGGCUCAUAAUAAUAAUAAUAGCUGGCAUGUACCCAGCUCUUGCUACCUGCUAGGCACCACUCAAAGCACUUGACCUGGUUUCGCUCCCACACCCACAGAAGAGAUGAGACAGCGCAGCGGAGGCACCUAGCAAUGAAGUGGGGAGCCAGCAUCUGAGUCCAGCCAGCUUCUAGAAGUACCUCAGGGUGAGGAGGAAAAAAGGGCUGCUUAGAAGGCUGUUUGGAGGGAUGGGCUUUAGUAUUUCGCAUUUAGCCCACCAAGAAUAAACCUGCAAGUGACUCCCUCCCAAGCCUGAGAGGGGAAGCAGCUGUCACCUGACCUCUGGCGGUCUGGCAUAGCCCUCAGCUAACCUCUGCAGGAGGCCAAGUGACAGCCAGCCCUGGGCCUCCUCAGCUGCUGCAGCCAGCGUGCAUUGGACAAAUGGAAGAGCAGGUUGGGGGCUGAGGAGUCGGAAAGUCGCCCUAGCUCUGCGAUGUGACUUCAGGCAAGUCCCUGUGCCACUUUGGUCCCCAAGCAUUGACUCUAUACAGUGAGGGCCACUUCUCUGACCCGAGUCAAUGUCCUUCAUCCUUACCCUAACCCAGGAUGGGGAGUUUCUGCAGGGAUUCUCCCCCUUGUGUUCAGUAAACAAACCGAAGCCAAAAGUGAAGCAAUAGCCAAGCAUGGCCUGGAGAUGAGGUGUCCUGGCCCUUGGUGACAGAGCUCUUCUCUGGGGCACCCUGUCUGCUUGUCUUCUCCUCUUGAAAGUGGGUGGCUCUCACCCAUUAGGGCUGACAGGUGACUCAGCAAGGCAGUGUCAGAGCUAGAGGACUGGGCCUGGGCCUCCACACCCAGCGCUCACCCACAGCACGGAAGAUGGACGCUUCCCCUGCCACCUAUAUACAGGGGCUUUCACUUUGUGGACCCCCUCGUUGCCUGAGAGGAAACCUUGGGGUGCCAGGGAGGUGGCAGAAGCAUGGGUUGGGUGGCAUUGGUUCCUCCUUCACCCUGCCCUGCAUGAGCACUAGAGAUCAUCUAAGCACCUGCUCCUCGGAGGAGGGCCCCUAGGGACAGUAGAGGCUGGAAGGAAACCAUGUGCAGGAGGACACCGCUCCAGCCCCUCCACCCUCGCCAAGGGAGCUGCUGUCAUUGUGGUCAGAGCUGCACCUGCCUUCCCUGCCCGGGCCUUCCUGCCUGGGCCUUGGGGGGUGAACACUGGGUCCCUGGGCUGGAAAGAUGGACAGAGGCCCAAUGGGUGAAGGCUUUGAAGAGCAGACAAAAACCCCUGGUCCUCCCCGAGAGCUGAGGAUAUUAUUACCCAGCAGGGACCGGAUUAGGAGCACGUGUGGUCUGGCAGCUCAGAUGAUAAACGUACCAAUGCUCUCAUUUAUGUUGAAUCAGGAAAUUUAUUUUGAAAACUUACAUAACACUAAAGGUGAGUGUGAGACUGAUUUCUAUCCAAAAGGAACUAUAGGCCAGGCGCAGUGGCUCACGCCUGUAAUCCUAGCACUCUGGGAGG